AUGCUUUCUGAUCUCAAGCAUCCAAAUAUAGUCUCUAUUGUUGGAUUUUGUGACGAGGAGGACGAGAAAAUCAUUGUAACUAGAUAUGCUGCCAACGAAAGUCUCCAGGAGCUUCUAGAUUUCAAUCCAGGCCUCCUCACAUGGAGUCAGAGACUGAAGAUAUGUGUGGGCGUGGCUCGAGCUUUGAGUUACCUCUAUUACGACAAGAGCCGUGAUUAUAGUGUUAUACAUGGAAACAUUAAAAGCUCCACAAUUUUAUUAGAUGAGAACUUGAAACCCAAGUUAUCCGGUUUCAAAGUACCCAUCAAACAAUCGGCUAACCGAGUGGAGCAGGUCAUCCAUUCUAAACCUGUUGGUACAACAGGUUAUAUGGACCCAGAAAUUGAGAAGAACAAAGGUGUGACCCACAAGUCGGACAUCUUCUCAUUCGGUGUGGUUUUAUUUGAAAUAUUGUGUGGAAUGCUGGCAUUUAAUUCACAUGAUGGUAAUAGGUUACUAGCUCGAUGGGCCAUAGAUCAUUAUGAAAAUGGAAAACUCCAUGAUAUAAUCCAUCCUUAUAUAAGGAAUCAAAUGUCACAGUUAUCACUCGUAGUAUACUCAAAAACGGCAUAUUCUUGCUUAAAGCAAAUGCAAACAGAGCGCCCGCCACAUAUCAUCGAUAUUGUUGAUGAACUUGAGAGAGCACUUACACUCCAACUACGACAUGAAAAUCGGGCUAUAAACACCGGAACGAGAAGACAGGAAAGAGAUGUACACUGCCAGAACGAGAUGAUUGUCACCGACACUGAAGGUGGACAAUGA